GAACCUGGGUUCAGGACAGAGAUUCUUGAUUGGGAUUCUGACCCUAAAUUCUAGAACUGAAUUCUGGAUAUGAAUUCUGAAACUGAAUUCUGGAUCUGGACUCUACAACUAAAUUCGUUCCUGGAUUCUGAAACUUACCUCUAUACCUGGAUUCAAAUACUAAAUUCUGAAGCUGUAUUCGGAAAAAGAGUUCUGGAUUUGAAUUACCUGGAUUUGAAACUGAAUUCUGGACCUUGAUUCUAGAACUAAAUUCUUAUCUGAAUUUUGCAAUUGAAUUCUGAAUCUGGAAACUGGACCUAAAUUCCGGACAUGAAUUUUUGUGUUCUGAACUUAGAUUCUGGAACUGAAUUCUGGACUUGAGUUUUUAUUCUGAAUUGCGGAACUGUAUAAUGAAUAUAAAUUCAGGACUGAAACUGAAUUCUGAAGCUGGAAUUUAAAACUAAAUUCUUACCUGGAUUCUGAAAUUGAUUCCUGAAAAUGAAUUGUAGAGCUGAAUUCUGGACCUGAAUUCUGGAAUUGAAUUUUGAAACUGAACCUCGAUUCGGAAGCGCAAAUUUCGAUCAAGAUUAUUAAUGUGGGCCUGGGCCGAUCGAAUUUACGUGCUUAUUUUGCACUGGCUCAAAAGCUAUGAUCAGUCAAUAGGCUAGAAUGAUUUUUUUUUACUUUUUAAACGUUCUCAAUAAAAUUGUGCACAACGAGAGAUAUUCAAGGCCCCAUUUACGUAAAAACCGCUGCUCCUGUCAUGUAGUCAAUACUUCCAGAUCGUGAGUAUUUGAAUUCGUCUUCAAAAGCAAAUUGCCAAAUCGCACCACAUUAGAACAAAUCUUAUAAGAUGCACAUAAAUGGUGCCUCGUAUUUCACACAAAUUUAUAUUCAAGAACAUGAAAAAUUGUGGGAUUUGAAUAUACAUGGCUUGAAAUCGAAUGAAAUAAAAAACAAAAGAUCGAACAGCGCGGUUUGACCCAAGAACCACCAGAUCACAAAACACGUCAGUUAAUCGACUGAACCACAGUUGCAUGUGUCUGAAUAAUGAACAAAUGAUAAACAUAAAACCAUAAAGCGUCACUUUAUAGUCGAGUACAAAUAACACUAGGAGCCUGUAAAAUUUAGCACGAAUGUAAAAUUGCGUCAUUUAACAAGUUAGGUUGUUAUGAAUCGUAACGUCUGUAGAAAUAUGUCACCUGAAAAAUUCUAAUUUUUUUCUGUACAUAUAUUUUCGUAAAUUGAUAUGUGAGAAUUGAUUUCGGAUCCGUUUUGUAUAACUCAAAUGAAAUAAAUAUGAUAUCACUCAGCAUCCUGUAACACUGAAACCGGAGUUCAAAUCGAAAUUUAAUAAAAAUUUAUGAGGCAUAAACUCGGAUAUAUAUACAUUUACUCGAUGAACUAAAUAAACGAACAUUAAAUUUACAGUUCAAAAGGAUUUUUCCUUCUGGUAUCAAUUAGUCAAACAUUUGAUGAACAUUUCGGUAAUUUUUAUGUCUCUGCCGUAGAUAAAUAUGCUUUUUACCUUUUUUUUAUAUAUAUAAAAAAUAGGUAUAGAAUUCGCUCAAAUUUUAGAAAAAUUUUCCGAGGCCCGGAGGGCCGAAUGUCAUAUACCAAUCGAUUCAGCUCGACGAACUGAGCAAAUGUCCGCGUGCGUGUGUGUGUGUGUGUGUGUGUGUGUGUGUGUGUGUGUGUGUGUGUGUGUGUGUGUGUGUGUGUGUGUGUGUGUGUGUGUGUGUGUGUGUGUCUGUAUGUGUGUUGUCAACUAAGAGGUCGAGAUCUAAGAGAUGGCUGGACCGAUUUUGAUCAAACUAGUCGCAAAUGAAAGGUCUCCCCGUCACCCUGAACGCUAUUCAAUGGUUUUGAGAUCGGAUGUUUACUUUUUGAGUUAUACGAAGUUUUAUGUCAAAAUUUUCAGUUUUUUGACAGUAUCUGUCACAAUUGACCUUGAAAACAGAAUAUAGACUUAGAUUCCGCAAGGUAAUACCUAUCCAACAAGCCAUAGAUUGUUAAAAUCCGUCCAUUUUUAACGGAGACAUCGAAAUUUUUGUGUAAGCGACUUUUUCCCCUAUUCCAGCAGUAGAAGUUUUGAGCGUUGUCUGGCAAAGAAAUGUUUGGGAGCAACAUAAAACACGAUUUUUUGUACUGUUACAUACAUUUAUAGUACCCAAAAGACUGUGUACAGCAUGAUAUUUUGCCUCGGACCGAUUUUAGCACGGUUCGUUUUUGGCAACAUAAUCAUUUGAAUAUGCCAUAUGAAAACCAGAUGAUGGCAUAAUUUUUGAGUUGAAAGCAAUUCCAUAAUUAUAUUGAUUUAAACUACUUACAGCAAUAAAUGCUGGAAGGACAUAACAGCCAUAUACCAUUCGAAUCAGUUCGUCGAGAUCAGCAAAUGCGUGUGUGACAAAUAAUUUCACUCAAUUUUUUUCGGAGAUGACUCAACCGUUUUCUACAAACUCAGAUUCAUAUGAAAAGUCGUAUACUCCCAAACAAGGUUCUUGAAUUAUGUUUGGUUCGGACCUCUGGUUCCGGAAUUACAGGAUGAUAUGAGAAACGAAAUUAAAACUGUGUAACUCAUUUUUCUCGUAGAUGGCUGAACCGAUCUAAGAUUCAAAUGAAAUCUAAGAAUCAUCUAAGAUUCAAAUGAAAAGUUUUAGGAUUCUAUAAAACAGCUUGUUUUUCAGUCAGAUCCAACUUCCGGUUUCGGAGAUACUGGGUGAUUAGUAUAAAAAUGUCUAUUUUACAUUUUUUAUAUCGGGUUAGCAGAUUUGGAUAGUCGAUAACCAAAUAAACUUAUUUCAUUUUUGGUUGUAUUUAUUUUUUGUUUCGGAAGGCAUCCAAAAAUUCAAUUCGCAAUACGAUUCCUCAAAGAUGUCUACAUAAAUUUUCAAACAUUUUGAAACAAAUGUAAACUAUAAAGCUACUCAGGUGAACUUGUUUGACUUCGGCUACAUCGAAUUUCGAGUGCCGGUUCCAGUAUCGAAUCGUUUCUCAAAACUCAAUCGUUUUCUCAAAAAAAAAAACCAAAUCGAAUUUCAGAAACAAAAGUUCAAAUUGAAAUAAAUCCAAUUUUAUCAAAUUCUGACUUCCGAUUCUGGAAUUGUAGGAUGAUGAAUUUUUAAAAUUCAAAGCGAUAUAGAAGAUGACAAUCCAGAAAAGCUUUAAAGUUGGACUCAAAUAUUGCAAUUUAUUCGUCAUAUGGCCAUACGAAUCGGUUUGGGUUAUGCUGGUUCUUGAAAUUAUUUCGACAUAUUAUGGAAUGAUUGUUACACUUCUAGAUUCAAAUUCGAUCUUAUUUGCAGUUUUGACAUUACAGAGUAAUGAGUGAUUAAAAUCUCAAAUUGUCACUUAAAAUGACGGACAUUAGAAUAAUGUCAUGAAAACUGAAACACCGAAGAAUAUUCAUACAAAAAACACAUGCGGAUUGAUAAAAAAAGGUAUCAUCUCACUGCUAGGUGGAUUAAGCACGUUUUUAUUAUUGUCUUUUAAUGUUGUUAUUGUCAGAUAAUGUUGUUUUCUAUGAAACAUACACGAUGGAAUCAGGAAUUUCUCAUAUAUUCACCUAAUCUUCAAUAGGAUGCUGAUUGUUUGCAUCAAAAGCCGACAAUCAAAACGUAAGACCGACUACGUACACAGGAAAAGUAUUUUUUCACACCUUUUAACAAUCAAGUCGCAACUGGUAGGAGACUUGGUGUAGCACGUAUCGUGACAUAACGUAAUUUUUCGUCUUGACUUACAAAAAAACAGACAUGACAGUACGCCCAUAUAAAUGAAGAAUUAUUCACGCGUUUGAUUAACAAAGACGACUGCUCGUUACAUGAGGCGUCUGCCGUCGGCCUCAGGCGCAUCUCCGGAAUGUUGGUACCUAGCUUUUAUGAUGCCUUUUUUGCAUCAAUAGGUGCAAAAUUUGAAUAAAUCAUGACGAGCAUGGUGCGAAGUGUAUUCGAAUUGCCAGUUUCUUUCGGAGAAAUGCACAGCAUGAUUAGUGCGUUAAUAGCUUCCAUAAUGGAAGAUGAUCAGCUUGAACAUACGAAGCGUACUACAAAAAAUAACAUUAUAUGGUGAUGCCACUAGUCAUCGGGGUGACAAGAGCAUCGUUGCUUUUUGGUAUACAAAGAUAAUGACAAUUCGAAAGUUUGGCAAUGAUAAACAGAAAUGAUGAUCUAAAUAUUCGGAAACGAAUUUUUAGGAUAAAGUUUGUAUUAUAUAACUACUAGAAUUCCUAGAAAAAAAUAGCGAUGAAACUCUACCCUUACACAUGACAAUCAUGUUUAGGUACAAUCUUAUAACGAAAACAAAUGAAUUGCGAAAGCAACGGACAUCCCAGUGAUAAUAAUCAAAUUCCCACAUAAUUCAAAAAAAUUGUUCUAUACAAAUUAAUAGUUAUAACCAGAAAACGAAAAGCUCUACUCUAGAACGUUGCUCUUCUUCAACAAAAAGGUUAGGUUGUACUAAUUCUUGUGUUGUGGGCAUGCUAUACCACCUGGAUAGUAGAGAUAUGGAUAUGUAAUUAUCAUAGAUGAUGAAGAAGCAGAGGUGAUGGUUCGCAGUACGAUGUAACCAUGGUAUGCUCAUGAUGUGCUUGGUGAAGAUACAUACCAUCACGAUUGCUAUCUUCUCCUGAGACCAUGACAUGGCUCAUCACCCCACAGCGGGUCAUAUGUUUAUAUGAGUGAUCUCUUACGUGACUCAUUGCGCGAUUAACUGUGCUAUUAGUGUUUUGUUCAUGAGUAUGGCUUCCAAAUAUUGCAUUGAAAUGUUUGAAGAAGAUACGUGAUUGUAGUUUUUGCUGACUGCAUCACAAUUUUUUUUGUAAAUAUCAUUACGGUCAGUGAGUCUUCGGUCUGACAGAAAGACUAAUUCAAAAUCUUUCUAGCAAUCAAUAAAGACGUUCUUCAUCGUCAUCUGUCAAAAUUUCAUGUCAUUCGAUUUAUUACUGUAUUGAUUAUUGUGCUUUUAGUAACGCUACUCUUGUAAAAUUAGAUACGAUAAUCCAUUACAAUGAGAGCACUUCCUUUCUAGCUUUGUAAUUUUCUUGAACUGAGAUCCAGUUUCUGAAUUUUAUAAAUCGGUUCUUUUUGGAACAUUUCGAUUGGUUCAGGUUCAGAGCUCAGUUCCAGUUACAGUAUCAAUAAUUUAGUAAAGUAUUAAAUCAAUUACGGGACAUUCGCAGAGACAGUUUCCCUUCAAAGAAGAUCGAUUGCAUCAUUCUGCUGCUGGUUGUUUGCAUUGGAGCAAAAUACAACGAAAAGUGGACAGCAAUGGGGAACAUUAUGCAUAAUCAGCCAUUCUAAUGGCUCCAAAUGUUAUCUAAAGAACUAUAAAGAUGUCUUGUUUGCAAAUCCGAGAUUAAAACCAUCAGUGUAUAGCAAAUCUAGAAUAAUUUGAUUAGCUUUGUGCAAUUUUCGCAGUGCAAAAUUCGGGUGGUCUAAUUACUCAUGCGUAGUUCAGCCUAUCUUAACAAUGUGAUUCUAUACCUGCCCUGUGCUUUGUAUCUAAACGUGAAUCAUCUUGCGCUGGUGCAUUAUGAGCCUAUAUUGGCCCUUUUCUUAUUUCGCUUCACCCUAGCUGCUGCUCACUAUUGUACAGUCGCGCGUAGUUAAAUUGAUAUUUCAUAAAUGUGCACGAAAAUACUAACUGUUAAAGAACGAUUCUCAACGUAACACUAUCAUCACCUUUUCAAUUUGUAAACAGUUAUGUCAAGUUAAUAUAGAUUUAAAUGUGCAACCUUGCACGCUAUACAAAAUUGAACAAAGCACGCUGUAUGCUAGGCGGUGGCGUAUUCUUCUUCCGUACCAGCACGUACCGAUGCGUACCGGUUUUGCAUCAUUUUGUAUGACAGUUUGAAAAUUUUGAUACUCAAUGCCCUAUAAUUUCGGAACUGGAAGCCGGAUCUGGAUGAAAUUGCAAGUUUAUCUACCCAUUAACUAACAGGAUCUGCCAACUAGAUGAAUUUAGCAAUAAAUUUUAUAAAAAUGUGUACCUCAUUUCGCCAUCGCUUGUGAAAAAAUACUCGAUAUUGAUAAUUUUCACUAAUCGCUCUGUAAUACCGGAACCGGAUGUCGGAUCUGGAUCAACUUUUCGAGGAAUUUUUAAAGAAUUUCAAGAUUUUUCAUUUGCGUCUUAGAAAAGUGAGUGACAAUUUGUUAGUGUAAAAGUCAGGCGAAGCAAUUUCAGUACACUAAGUGCUAGAGAAAAGAACAAUGCUAACCAAGGUAAGUCUUUUUAUUGGUUUCCGGGAAAUCUCAACAAUUUCUGCUUGAAUUCUAACAAGAACUUGUCAUUUGCUUGUUCUAUAUAUCCGGAAAGUUUGACGAUUUAAAGUUAUGUUUUCAAUUAUAUAAAAUGUAUAAAAUUUAGUUAACCAAAAAAUCAGAGAAGAGGAAAACGAAUUGACAAUUUAGUUCGCUUUUUCUCACUGAAUUCCAACAGAUUUCCUAACCAAUGGGCGAUUUAUCGUUGUGUUUCACAGCUAGAGGCGUACGUGUGCGAGGAUGAUGAUUGCAAGUUUAUCUGUCAAAAUACUGAUUUACAACGUCAUUUGUUCAAGCGAAACGUUAUUUUAGUGUGAGAAAAAUCAUUUUCCACCUCUGUUAUUUUUGCACCACCAAAAAUUCUUUUUUAUACGAUGAAAAUUUUCAAUUCUAAUUGUAGCAUGGGAGAAAAUGUUAUGUUGAUCAUGAUGAUUUUAUUCUUCGCGUACGUCAUGAAAUGUUAAAUGAAGAACCGUACAGAUGCGCCAACCGAACCAAAUAUGCGAUACUAUUGGCGUAUUGUCUCAAAACUGAAAUGUAGAGGCGCUGCUUGUUUAGAGAUGAUACUUUCAGCAAGAGCUGUCAAAUCGGUAGGAAAAUUUCUAAUUACUCCACCUUUUCAACGAUUUCUUAUGAAAACGGGCAAAUUCAUUUGAAAAAUCAUAGUAAAAGUUCAAGAAAAAGCUUUUACUCUGAGGUAGUAAUGUUGAUCUUAGUUCAUUGUGCGAAAUCUACCGUUUAUUCAGAAAAGAGCAUACCUGGAGUUGGGAUCGUUGUGAUAGAAAGUCUUUUUAGCAAACACGCAGCAUUCAUAUGUGUAUAAUCUCGCUUAAAGCUAAUGAGUUUUAUUAAUAUUUUUGUGUAUAAUUCAAUGAAAUGAGAACUUACAUUUAAGCUAACCUCACUUUACCGCGAAUUCCCAACAAUCGUAAUUAUAACUGCACUUAUUUUACUGUAUAUAAUAAUUCAUUUAUUCUUGUUCACUUUAAUAACCUUACUUGCAACUCAAAUGUAGUAAUACUAAUACGCCUGAAUAUCUUCAAAUUUAUUUAAUCAAUUCCGUAAUUUAAUUAUCCACAAAUAAUCGCACGAGCACUUCACAUGUCUACCAUUUACGUUUGACAUUUCAGAUUUGCCUUCAACGGAAGUAUUCUUUAUAACAGGUUGUGUCGAGAGGGGAUCUCCGAUGGUUGUAUUACUUCGCAACACCUGGAAAUAACAAAUAAAGUAUCCAAAAUAAAUAGUACUCGAUCGCUAUACAUUUUAGUACUCGAGAAAUCAACAUUACACUGGUUUCUGUUUAAAAAAAUGAUCCGAAAAAACCUAACCUUACCCAAUUUCACACAUUUCUGAAGAUUUUCCAUGUUUAAUCGUAGUUUACACUAAAAAAAAGUAGUAAAAAUUGAAAUCGAUUUUCUUUUUUGGAAACUUUAUCUGAGUGUACUUUUGUUGCUGAUAUCUAUUUGUACUAUUGAAUAAACGAUAAAAAUGUAGCAAAUCACUACUGCCGAUAUGAAAAUUUCCGAAAGAAUCCUCCUUUUCUUGGUUCCAUUUUUCACUGGCAGGUGUCGCUACUGGUAAUUCAGCUUUGCGACAAUGUGCCAAUAGAACUAAAUCAUAAGGCGGUAAAACACCAUUUCUCAUCAUUCCCACAUUGUCGCAAAGCUGAUUUACCGGUAGCGACACCUGCCAAUGAAAUAUGGAACCAAGAAAAGGAGGAUUCUUACGAAAAUUCGGCAUUUGCAACAUUUUUAUCGUUGAAUCAAUAGUACAAAUAAAUAUCAGCAAUAAAAGUACACUCGGAGUAGAAGAAAAUCGAUGCCAAAGUGAUUACUACUACUUUUUUAGUGUAAACUACGAUUAAACAUGGAAAAUCUUCAGAAAUGGGUGAAAUUGAGUAAGGUUAGGUUUUUUUGGAACAACAUUUUUUUUUAACAGAAACCAGUGUAAUGUUGAUUUCUCGAGUACUAGAAUGUAUAGCGAUCGAGUACCAUUUAUUUUGGAAACUUUAUUUGUUAUUUCUAGGUAUUUGAAAAAUGGUAUCAAACCAAGUUUAAUGCUCCAUUCUGAAUGAACGGUAGAUUUCGAACAAUGAAUUAAGAUCAACAUUACCACUUCAGAGUAAAAACUCUUUUUUCAACUUCUACUAUGAUUUUUCAAAUGAAUUUGCCCGUUUUGAUAAGAAAUCGUUGAAAAGGUGGAGUAAUUAAAAAUUUUCCUAACGAUUUGACAGCUCUUGCUAAAAGUAUCAUCUCUAAACAAGCAGCGCCUCUACAUUUUAGUUUUGCGACAAUGUGCCAAUAGUGUUCAAAACAUCCUCAACCGAGCCGAAACAAAUUCCGGAGCUCGAUAUUUUUUUUACAUAUCAUCUUAUAAAAUCACAAAUGAUUACACAAAAUAAAAGAACAUUAUUUUUUUUACAUUUUCAAAUUAACAGUUCUUGUAACAGAUCCUGAAAUUCUGCAAUAUAAUUGAAAUUAUAUGAGUUCCCUUAAGGGCCCGUGUAUAAUUCAAUCAUCAUCCUAUGAAAGGUUCAAAGAAUAAAACUUAGAUGGUAAGGUAAAAUUAGUUUUGCGUUAUAUAGUGAUUUUCACUGUCGGCUAGAAAAGAUUGCGAUGCGAUAAGAUAGCGACAAAAUGCCGCAAAGAUAGCGAAACUGUCAUUCGCAUCGAUUCAACCCCUUCGAGACCACAAGCCAGAAAAAAAUAUUUUUUAAAUUGACCGUUACAAUGACUAAAUUUUUAUUUAUUAUUAAGAAAACUUCAGUCAUAAUGAAUUCAUUUUGAUAAUGUGAUCUGCCAUCGGCUACAACUUGCACGGAUUUUUUUAAGCGUGCUAUUUAUUUGACAUAAUGGUUAUUUUGUGCUUAGUAUGUGUCCUUUUUAUUCAUACUUUGUUUCCGACCGUGACAUUCAAACUCGGUUAAGAUAUCAACAAGAAGAAAAUUUGAAUAUUUAAAUGGAGCCAAUACCGGAAAUGGAUGGAUUAUUUUUUGAUUUCGUAGAAGAAGAACACAAUGAUCGUUGCAUUGUGGUCGAUAAUUCUACUUCCGGACCGUGUUUUGAAGAUGGUGAUGAACCUGCAAACUUGAUGGAUGAAAGUCUUCAUACUAAAGCAAAUCUCGAGGAAUGGUUGCAGUUUGAAGACGAACCAGUUGAAGAACUAGUGAAGCUACCGAGAUUCGAGAACACUUUAGAAGUGCAUGUGAGGCUGUACAAACAAAAAAAAAAUCGGAGUCAGUGAAACUAUACACGAUCUUUGCGGAUGAUAUUGAAGAAUACUUUAAAAAGGUAAAACUAACUUUUGAAUAAAUAUAGUGUUAAGCUUAGAUUUAUAAUUUCUACCAGGUAUGGCGAAUUUGCUCGAAAUAUGCAAAAAAGAGGUAGUUUAUCAGUCUCCUCGUGAUGGUUCAACAGGCGUGGCUGAGUGGGCAUCUCAUGAACCAUGUUACGCAGACAAGAAUAGAUUUAUUUUGUUCCAAGACAAGUCUUCUAAAAAGUCGUAUAAUUUUGAUGAUUUAACUGAACAACUUCUGUUGAAAUGGCGCUCUAAAGCUAUAUUCGUGAUAGUUUAUCCUUAUACCACAAACAUUAUCAGUCAAAAAGAUUUCGAUUUUGUGAAAACGAACCUUAUCGAUGCAGGUUCGAAAGAUCGAUCAGGUGCUGAUUCGACGUGCAGUCUAAUGUCCUUGGUUGCAAAAUUAAAAAGAAUACACGGCAGCAGAUAUGAUGCAACAGAGAGUGUCUAUCUACAAUGGGCUAACUUUAUCCAACAUGCUCCUGGUCAUAAAAGAGAGCAAUUGAUGGAAGAUGAACCACCAGAGCAAUAUAAAUGUCUCUUUAAAAAUAUCGAUGGGCCAGCCAAUACCAAACGACUAAACACCAUCAGACAAAAUGAUGGUAUGGCUGAAAACGUAAUGGAUCGAGCAAAGUCAGAUAUUGCGUCAUUGAGAUCAUUUUAUGACGCAAUUGUUGAUGCUGUCAAAACAUUUGGAGAAAAAUUAUCUGAAAUCGAAAUUCGUAUGGAAGAAAGACAUUGUAUGCUGGAAAUGAUUCAAGAAUCUGUUACCGUAUCAGAAGACGAAUUUUCUCAAUCAAUUGCAGCUGAAAUUACAGAUAUGCCAGAUGUUGAUCAUGAUGAUAACUAAUGAUAACUACUAAUUAUUUUGUUUGCACUUUUAUUAUCCUUAUUCUUCAAUUAUAAUUCACGAAAUGAAAAUAAAUAUGCUAUUCGUUACCAGUAUUGUGCUCAUUCAUUGGACCGGUUGAAUCGAAUGUUCCUCCUGCAAAAUAACCACAUUUUCUGAAUAGGUUUGUUGAUCUGUAACUGCGAAAUCGAACCAAUGUUACGUUUACUGCAUGCUUAACAUCUAUUGAACUAUCGAAACAUUUCCGAAUCCAACGUUUCAUCAAUCCGAAUAUUAUUUCGAUUGGGUUUAACAUAGGACAAUAAGGCGGCAGGAAAAUAAUUAGUAUGCCCAAAGACCGAAAAUAUCGAACUAUAUUCGAAUCUAAAUGAAUUUUAGCACCAUCCAUUAUCCAUACAGAAUGUUGCCCUGGGAAAGUUUGCACUUUACCAUCUAAUGCAAAUCUUCUGCAGGUUUCAAAAAACGAUCUUCGAGUAAAUGUUCCAUCUGUGCUGCUCGCUUCCAAAAUUCCAUUUUGCCCAAGAAAGCACAGUAAGGAAACACGAGGCCUUCUACGAAAUUCCCCUUUCACAACAACUGGCUUCCCUUUAGGGCCGUACCCCAUGUUUCGAAAUAAAUCUCGGUUGUCAAUACUCACUUCGUCUGCAACUGCACUCUUUCGUAUUUGAAUUGCACGACGUUCUAAUACUUUGCGGGUGAAUCUCACGCUCUUUAGAAUGCGACUUAUAGUUGCUAUACUGAUAUAUUUUCCAAACGUUCUCUUGUAUAUUUUCUGAGUUUCAUAUAAAUACAGUGUUGGUUGGCAGUUGUAUAGGUAUUUUAUCCAUUCCUUUGUUUCUUCGCCAAACUUUGCACUACCUUCCUUAGAAACUCCCGAUAAAUAUCCAUGUUCCUCAUAUUCGUUGAUCCAUUUUUUAAUUGUACUGUCAUGUUUCCCGUAAAUGACAGCCAGUUGAUGUAUCGAUAAUGCUUUAUGAUAGUAUCCGUACAGACAAUAAUAUUUUGUAUUAAUCGACGCCUUAGUCUUCAAAACCUCGUGCUUUAUUCGAAACAUUGUCGAUUUAUCUAUAAAAAUAAAUUAUUACAAAAAAUCGUAAAUCGUCCUCUCUAAAAAGUUGAUCAUUUUUGACAGAGGAGGAAUAUUACCAGUUAAAACUGCAAUUGACCUCAAUCCACCAGCCGAUAUUUUUUGUGGCUCUAAUGUUAGGUAAUUUCAAUACAACAGACAGCGAAGGGGUUAAACCAACAGUCCAAUAUUCUGGCAGAGAUGCCAAGUAAAAUUUUCGGCGUCUGCGUACUAGAAAUGCUCCUAUGCGAGCUCAAAAUUCAAAAGUGUGACGAGAAAAACCAAACAAAACCCUUAGAGUGAUAGCAAAAGUCAUUAAAUUGGACGAUUGUUUAUAAAAACUUCGAAAAUCUGCAAAAAAGUCUGCUUAAUUGCAAAGUCUGCUAACAAACUAAAUUGCAAAUUUACAUACCAUUCUGUAAACCUGGCAUCUGUGCUUCUGACGCUCAUUAUUUCGCUAUUCUGCGACGAUUCCGUCGCAUUCUAUGUCCAGCUGAAAACCACUAUAUUGCCAAUAACAUUGUCGCAAAGCUGAAUUACAGGUAGCGACACCUGCCAAUGAAAAAUGGAACCAAGAAAAUGAGGAUUCUUCCGAAAAUUUUCAUAUCGUCAGUAGUGAUUUGCAACGAUUUUUUUGUUUAUUCAAUAGUACUAAUAGAUAUCAGCAAUGAAAAAAAACUCGGAGUAGAUGAAAAUCGAUUUCAAAACGAUGACUACUACUUUUUUUAGUGUAAACUACGAUUAAACAUGGAAAAUCAUUAGAAAUAUGUAAAAUUGGGUAAGGUUAGGUUUUUUCGGACCAGCAGUCUGUUGAAACAGAAAGGCCAAAUUCCACAAAAAGGAAUGUAAUGCCAGGACUUUGCUUUUUAUGUUUUUAAACAGAAACCAGUGCAAUAAUGAUUUCUCGAGUACUAGAAUGUUUUGCGAUCGAGUACCAUUUAUUUUAUAUAUUUUAUUUGUUAUUUCCGGGCAUUUGAAAAAUGGUAUUGAACCAAGUAUAAUGCUCAAUUCUAAAUAAACGUUAUUUUUCACACAAUAAAUUAUUAUUUUUCAAAUGAAUUUGCCCGUUUUCAUGGGAAAUCGUUAAAAAGGUUAAGUAAUUAAAAAUUUUCCUACCGAUUUGACAGCUCUUGCUGAAAGUAUCAUCUCUAAACAAGCAGUGCUUCUACAUGUCAUUGCAGCGUCAUUGUGCCAAUCGGUUGUAGGCGAAAUUCGUUUGUAAUUGGUUGCUGCACUGGAGCCCGCAUUUAUUCGGAUUUAAUGCUAGAUACCUCAUGGAAUUCAGAAUGAACAUUUUUCGCCCACUCGAAUUCAAUCCGAACUGAUAAUGUGGGAAUUUAAGUGUAAUUAGAGCAACCUUUCCCACAUCAUAAGUUCGAAAUGAAUUUCGAAUCAAAUCCGAGUGGGCGAAAAAUGUUCAUUUAUAAUUCGGAUUUCCAUGUGGAAUUCAGUAUGAAAUUCGAAUCAAUGCGGACUCCUGUGCAGCAACCGAUUACAAACGAAUUUCGCCUACAACCGAUUGGCACAAUGACGCUACAAUGAAAUGUAGAGGCGCUGCUUGUUUAGAGGUGAUACUCUCAGCAACCGAUCCCGAGUAUACUUUGCCUUCAACCGAUUGGUUCGGAAAUCUGUCCGAAUUGAGUGAGAAAGGCGAACUUAAUUGUCCAUUCGUGAAGAAAACAGGAAAAAUCAGAGAAGAGAUUUUCUCAGUUUUCUUGCUGAAUAUUAGUCCAAUUCGGAAUGAAAUUUUUUUAUAAUAGAAAAUAGAAAUUCAAGUUUUCAUUUUUUUCUGUAUAUAUAGAACUAGUAAAUGACCAGUUCUUUCUAGAUUUGCAGCAUGAUUUUUUUGAAUUUGAAGGAAACCAACAAAUAAGCCUAACUUAUUUGACAUUACUCAUUCCUCUAGCUGGAGUGUAAUAAAAUGGUGUCGCCUAACUUUCACACUAACACAUUUAUAAUGUGAGCGAAAAUUAACGACACUGUCAAUUGGGUUGAUCGAUCACUCAGAAACGUGCAGUCGAGUAAGAAUUUAUUACUCAAUCCGUCUUUGAGACAAUGUGCUUUCCUGCUCCACCAGUGUAGAAAACUAAAACAUCAUAAAUUUUCAAGGUAGUCUAUCCAAAUGAUUGGAAGUAUAAAACAUAAUCUUUCCCUGAUAUUUUAUAUUCAAAUUUCUCUACAGAUACGAUCCUGUUUUGACCAAAAAUUCACAUGGACCGUAAAUUAUAUAGCAGCAGAAUAUGACUAUGACAUUCUUGUCUGUUCCGUUUUCGAGUGGCAUUCCAGUUGCACUAUAGUCUUACUUUUCUCACUAACCUUCCCUUACCUUUCGU